UUAGCUGGUUAUUAGUUUGUUAUGUUGGUUACUUGAGCUAUAUAAGUCAUACUUGUAUUAGGUUGUAUGCAGUGUAUUUCUUCAAUGUUCAAUAAAGACUUCAUUCUGGCAUCUCUCUAUCUUUAAGCUUCCUCCUUCAUUUGUUAUCUCAGUCCAUAUCUUUCAUCACUCUCAGCUUCCAUGGCAGCAUUCUCACAUGGUAUCAUUCGUCGAUGAUCUUGUGACCAUCUCUCUUCCGCUUCAUUACGAUUCAGUUACACGUAGAACCUCAUCCCCUACCAAACCCAUAGUUGUUUCUUUGAAUUGAAGAAGAAAAGAACAGCCUUCGACGGUUCUCGAAACCAAUUCAACAUCAUGGAAUCAUCACAAUCUCGGAGGGUUUUCGUGAAGCUGAUGAAGAUUUUCGCCAUGAAGCCCCAUUGCCCCAUUUCAAGAGCAUCUCCUUCGAUGUAUCUCUUGCAAACGCGCCUCUUCAGCGAUAGUAGACGACCUAUUAGAGAAAACGAACCCAUCGGUUUUAAUGGCAAUGAGAACGAUGAUGAGGUUCCUCAACGUAUCCCCAAUAGGCCCUUAAGGGAUCAAAGGCCUUUCAAUAUCUCUUCUCGAGAAAACAAAGGAACCAACUUUCAGCACUCCACGACCAGAUUUGCUUCCGAUUCUAUAAAGAAGAGAGAAGAUUCUCAAUCUGAUGUGAAUUUCCUGGAAAGGUUCAAGCUUGGGCUUGAUAACAAGAGAGAAAAACUGCCCUCAGAUUCAGAAGCUAUAAAUAGGAAAGAGCAUGAAGAAAAGGUUUCCCCACCACAGGAUGCUGAUGAGAUUUUCAAGAAAAUGAAAGAAAAUGGUCUUAUCUCGAAUGCUGUAGCCAUGCUUGAUGGUCUAUGUAAAGAUGGGCUUAUCCAAGAAGCAAUGAAGCUUUUCGGAUUAAUGAGGGAAAAGGGUACAAUUCCGGAAGUUGUUAUAUACACAGCUGUUGUUGAUGGCUUCUGCAAAGCACACAAACUCGACGAUGCAAAGAGAAUUUUCAGGAAGAUGCUAUCCAAAGGUGUGGUUCCCAAUGUCUUUAGUUAUAGUGUUCUGAUUCAAGGAUUGUAUAAAUGUAAUCACUUGGAUGAUGCUAUUGUGUUUUGUUUGGAAAUGCUUGACGCCGGCCAUUCUCUAAAUGUCAUCACUUUUGUGGGCUUGGUUGAGCAUUAAGUUUCUCAAAUAGUUGUGGGUAUGUUGCUGAGUAUUCCAGUAAACAUAAUUUUGAUAUUGAAUAGUCCACUGCCAAAUAAAUAAAGAAAGAGCAAAUGGACAUGGUCAGUUGUUCAAGGAGAGGUAAACACAUCGAUACUGAUCAGAAAAAAAAUGGAAAAGAAAGGAAGAAUGAUUCCAGUACAUUUUCAAACAACACAUGUACAGUUAGCUGAUCAUAUGUUCAAGGAAAGGAAUAUGCCAAGUAAUUGAUCAAGCCAAUGCCAGCUUUCAAAAGCUGUGAAAAAAAGUUAUAGAAGAAGAAGUAAAGAACUCAAUACCAGCACAUGUUCAAUCUUAUUGAAGAAGAUCAAGAAGCUGAAAAAGUUGGGUGAAUAAAUGUUGUGUGGAUGGGAAAGAAGAAAGAAGCAGUGAGUUUGUUGUUCGGAUACUGUCAAACGAUUGGUACACUGAUGCAAUCACUAGCUGAAAACAAAUUUUUUUUUUCUCAAGAUGGUUCAGAAGGAAAGAAGAGCGGGGUGAAUGUUAGAGUAUUAUUAGUUUGUUAUGGGUUGUUAUUAGCUGGUUAUUAGUUUGUUAUGUUGGUUACUUGAGCUAUAUAAGUCAUACUUGUAUUAGGUUGUAUGCAGUGUAUUUCUUCAAUGUUCAAUAAAGACUUCAUUCUGGCAUCUCUCUAUCUUUAAGCUUCCUCCUUCAUUUGUUAUCUCAGUCCAUAUCUUUCAUCACUCUCAGCUUCCAUGGCAGCAU